ACAGAUGUUUUGGCUUUUGAGUUUUGAUUUGAGUCUUCCUCUUCCUCUUCACUUCAAUUUCAAUUCAAAGAUAACAUGGCGGUUGUUGGGAGGUGUAUUUCAAUUUUAUUUAUAUUUACAUUUCUCUUUUUAUCUAUGGAAUUUGCCCUUUCUGCAUCUACAGAUAUCGAGCUUGAUGCCAAAGCCCAACUCAUUCAUCGAAUAGAUAGUCUAAAUCUAUUGUUGUAUACUUUUCUUUUAAUUUUAACUGUACUGACAAUAUGGUUGUUCAAGCACAGAAGAUUCCGUUUUCUUCACGAAACUGGAUUGGCUGUCAUUUAUGGACUGAUAGUGGGUGCAAUGAUCCGUUACAUUGGCAGCACGACGACGAAGCUGCACAUGUCAGUGGAGCCGCAGAAGGCGGAUAGGUACAACCUGUCGCUGCCACCCGACACCCUCUGGCUGCGAUACUCGGUCAAGGGCGCUUCCGGCUCCCUUGUCAACAAGACCUACGGAUAUUCCUUCCGCAGUGAGGUUGUCGAUCUAGAGGGCAAUGAAAUCGACUUUAAGGCUACUUUUGAUCCAGAAAUAUUUUUUAAUAUUAUACUUCCGCCAAUCAUAUUCCAUGCUGGAUACUCAUUGAAAAGGAAAUAUUUCUUCAGAAAUCUUGGGGCUAUUUUAACAUUUGCUUUGAUUGGCACAACAAUAUCCUCUUUUGUUGUUGGAUCUCUAAUGUACGGAUUUGUGCAGGCAAUUCCUCGUCUGAAAGGUAGCAUCACUUUCUUGGACUCGCUGUACUUCGGCGCAAUAAUAUCGCCCACCGAUCCACUCACCAUUCUCGCUAUUUUCAACGAUCUCCGAGUUGACGUCACUCUCUAUUCUCUCGUGUUUGGUGAGAGUGUGUUGAACGAUGCGGUUGCCAUUGUGCUCAGCGGAGCAAUUCAAAACUAUGCUGAGCGAUACCAGUCUGGGUCUGGUAAAUUUGAAUCUUAUGCUUUCUUCAGAGCUCUUGGAGAUUUCAUCGGAAUAUUUUCGCUUUCGUUCAUUAUUGGCGCUGUCAUGGGAUGUAUUACCGCAUUGUUGACGAAAUUCACUCGAGUUCGUGACUUUCCGCUGUUGGAAUCGGCGUUGUUUGUACUGAUGUCCUACAGUACUUUCUUGAUAGCUGAAGCUUCUGAUCUUACAGGAGCGUGAAGGAGCGACUGCUGAGGGUGGGGGUAGGGGUGGGGGUGAGAAGGCGUGGCUGGCCAAGGUGUGGGGCAGUUUGGAUGUGCGCUACCUGAAGCCUCUGCUGACGCAUGCGCGUCCCACUCUGCUGGAGACUCUGCCAGUCUGCUGCAAUCCAUUGGCGCGGCUUCUCACCACCACCGAACAGAUGACACAGGAUUGCAGACGACGGUCCGGUUCAGACUCUGAUCUUUGUCUGGAGGAAACCGAAAUGUCAGCUGGGGACCAAUCACACGUCCAGCCUAAAACCGCCCCUGUGAUCAUUAUUCCGGACUCGUGUUCACAAACAAAUGGAAUGUUAACGCGAAGAACUGAAUAAAAAUGAAAUAAUAAAUAACUCCAUUUCUUUUAUUAUUUCAAAUAUCUCUGUGCUGUGAUUCUGUUUUCUUAUUAAUUAUUAUUAUCAUUAUUGUAUAAUAUGACAUGUACUUAUAUUGUAAUUUAUGAAUAUUAAAUUGUUGAGUUCAAUUUAA